UAAAGUGGUGGCUGCAUUGCUGGUGGGGUGUAUCCAACUGUCAAUGUACGUCAUAUGCUGUGUGCUACAUGUAGUAGUGUGUAGUUAAAGAGAGCAGAUUGGAACGUGGGAGAUAGUUAAUUGGUAAUAUCUGGAGAAUUACCGUAGUGGCUUGGCAGUUAUGGAUGGUUUUGGUGAUAAUUUCGAUCAACCUGAAGUUGAUCCAGCAGCAGAAUUCCUAGCGAGAGAACAAGAUCAACUUGCCGGAUUGGAGGAUGAAUUGAAUCCUGGAAAUGCACCACCUGCUGCGGACGAUGCCAUGUUUGGUACACAAGGUUCCGCCCCUCUCACUGGUAGUUUUGAGAUGAUUGAUAAUUUUGGACAACAGGAUGGCUUAGGACCAGACCUUUUAUCAUCUGCUCCAGAAGGUGUUCCUUCAGAGGUGAAAGCAGAAUCAGAGCCACUUGAUGCAGAAUCAAAGGAAACUGAAGCAGAAAAUUCAGGUAGUGAAGAUGCUGCAGCUGCUGUUCUUGAUGUUGAUAAUUACGCUGGUGGUGGUGACGACUCUGCUACAUGUGAUGAUGGUGAAACUGCUGCCACAGACAGAGGUGCUGUUGUGGAGUGUGAUGGCUCUGUAGCUGCUGCUGAAGGUUUUGCCUCUGUAAUAGAUUCUGCUGUUGAUGAUUCUAUGGCUAGUGAUGCAAAAGUUCAGCUGGAUGGUUUAACUAGUCAGCCAAAAAUAUUUUCGACACCAACACCUCCAAAACCAGUUGUAAAGGAAGAACCAGAAAAAAUUAGGAAAUGGAGGGAAGAACAGAAGAAACGCCUUGAGGAGAAAGAUGCUAAUGAAGAAAAACGGAAGGAAGAACUACGGGAGCAAGCUAAGAAAGAGCUGGAAGAAUGGUAUAAGCAUCAUGAGGAGCAGAUAGCGAAAACAAAGGCGGCAAAUCGGAAUGCUGAGAAACAAUUUGUUGCUGAAGCAGGAGAAAUUGAGCCAGGCACUGAGUGGGAGAGGAUUGCAAAGCUGUGUGAUUUCAACCCUAAAUCAAGCAAGACCAGUAAAGAUGUCUCCCGCAUGCGUUCCAUUAUUCUUCAGUUGAAACAGACUCCUCCUGCAGCUAAGCGUGCUUGAGGAUAUAUUCAGCAAACUGAAUAAACAACAGGUCACCUUGUAGUUAAGAAAUGUUGUUAACUGUCGAAUCAUUACCUAAACAUGUAGAGGAAUAUCUGAAAAAUUCUAUAUUUUCGUGUUGAAAAUAAAUGCCUCACUUCAAUAUAA